GGAAUCACAGUAAACGGAGAAGCUCGAUCUUUGAUGCUUUUAAAAGCCAGCAUCGCAUGAUAGAGUCACACUCCACUCUUCUCUUAUCAAGUCCGAUGGAGGAAGUCGAAGGAACAGAGGUCAACUGGUUUGACGAUUUUUACUGUUCUCAGCUGGAGUUGUUGAGGGAGCUGCAGGCUCAGGAGAGCCCUCGGUUCAUGGAAUCCCAACCUGAUGCGCCACAUGAAUCGGUCAUCGACAAGCUCAUCUCUGCUCUCUAUUCCAACCCAGCGAUCGGCGACGUAGAAAGCGCAGUCUCUGUGACCUUUCAGAACGGCGACUCCCAUGGCCGGUGUAAUUCUCAACCCAUACUUUGCUCACCGGACAAGGGUCUGGGAAGGAUGGAUCACAAGUUCACAAUCAAAAUCAAGACCUGUGAGAAUGGGCUUGCUGAUGAUGGUUACAAAUGGAGGAAAUAUGGGCAGAAAUCCAUCAAGAACAGCCCCAAUCCAAGGAGCUACUACAGGUGCACCAACCCGAGAUGCAAUGCCAAGAAGCAGGUGGAGAGGUCCAUGGAAGAUCCAGAGACGCUCAUCGUCACAUACGAGGGCCUCCACCUCCACUACACCUACUCACAUCUCCUCCUCAGUGGGUCGUCGCAGUACUACUACUCCGACACCGACCUCCACGUCGCGAAGAAGCUCAAGUGCCAGUCCAUGGCGGAGGUCGCGGACGCACCGGCGCAACCCCCAACACGGAGCACAUCGACGAUCGAGCCUCGCAAGUUGCAACCUGCAGCGGAUGGAGCAGUACUUCUGGGAAGUGCUGAUGCGAGUCUGCGGCAUGGAUUUCUUGACGAUGUGUUGCGGAGCUCAGAAGGACUCCUGGAAGAUGUUGUGCCGUUGGUGGUGAGAAAGCCAUGCAACUCCACCACCUCGUCCUUCGACGCUUUUCCUUUAUCCCCGGCAUCUUCUCCAUCCUACUCUUCCCUGCCAUUAACCACCAACUCUUCUCACCUAGAUCUGGGUACUCUCUCCUCCAUCAUGUGAGUACCAACCUGGUAGGACAGGAACAGUUUUAACAUUGUAUGGGUACCCACUAUAAUGAAUUGAUAAUGCACAAUAUCUACCUACCACUGUCAAUA